UGUCCUCAUGGUGAGGGGUUAAUACUCGGCACUUAACUCUAUUUAAAAGCAUUUCCUACGAUCACUUGGACGGUGCCACGGAUGUCGGCGUAUACGACCGUUGAAUACGGAUUCCAUUCGUCAUCGACAAACUUUUGAUGUAGUUUUGCUGCGAUGAAUUCCAUAGGAAGAUGGGAGUAGACACUGGACAUCAUGAGUUCAUCACAGCGAGGGCGAACGGAAGAUACCUCCACUUACACACAACGGCCACCCUUUGCUGAGCAGCAGGUGUUAAUGGCUGCAGCAAAGUAUCAGAUGAGAGGUUUUCAACAUCACGGCUCGGCCCCUCAGAUUUCAGUGACCCAGAGCACUCCGGAUAUGAACAGAAGGCUGCUCUUGUUGCCGGGCAACCAGCUGCAGAUCCCCAUUGAGCGAGCCCACGUCAAUUCCAUCAAGGCGCACUCGGGCGAGGAACAUCAGAAGUUGAUGAAUCUCGUCCAUCGCGGCCAGCGUGGGCGCAUGGAGGACCAGUGCUGCUCCUUGGAUCCCUGCCAGAGUGCCCCCUGCACCCCGAGACUCUCUGACAGGAAGCCCCUUACUGAUACAUCCAACAAAGAUUCUGACGCAUUCUUCGACUUGUUGGCCAACACUCAGAGCCGACGGCUGGACGACCAACGAGUGUCUCUGCCGUCGUUACCCGGAUUAGACAAAAAGGAGCCGGAGCCAUCGAUGGGCGUAGAUUCCAACUACUUGUGCUACAUGGUCUCCAAAGUCCAGGGGAGCAGAAUGGAAGACCAAAGGUGCUCCUUACCUCAAAUCCAGCGUGCGGAGCCGGCACGGCAGGAUGACGACGGUUCCGGCAUUCCACGCUCGGCCUCCUUCAGCCCCGGUUCAGACAUAGAAAGCCCCAAGAGCCAAGCUAAGACAUCCCCAAAAAAGGCGUUGAGUCCAACUGAGCAGAAGCAAUUGCUCACCUUUAUGUCUCACGCGCAGCGAGGGCGCAUGGAAGAGCAGCGAUGUGUCCUAAACGUUAGCCCCCGGGCUACUCCCCAACACGAGCCCGCAGGCCCAGAUUCUGACAAGUUCUUCAACAUGCUGGCCAACUCACAAGGCAAACGUCUCGAUGACCAGCGAGUGUCGCUUCCAUCUUUGCCGGGGAUCCAAAAUGGAGGCGCAUCCCAACCUUCCAAUGCAGACGCAAGCUAUCUGUGUUACAUGAUCUCCAAAGUCCAGGGCUCCAGGUUUGAUGAUCAGAGAUGCGCUGCGCCUCAUGUCCUCCAGAAUUUGGGCACCCCGGCCCCCCGGCGCAAAGUCUCGCCCGCUUCAGAGUCAUCUGAAAAAACUCCAAGGAGGUCCGGCUCCCUAAACCGAGACAGAAGUAACUCUCAACAGCAGAUCUCUCCAGCUGAGCAGCAGCAAUUCCUAAAAAUGAUGACUCACACUCAGAGAGGACGCAUGGAGGCGCAGCGCUGCACUUUGCAGCAAAGCAGAAGCACGCCCACGACCCCCACGCGCAGCCCAAAUGAAGCUCCCGCGGGUAGCAAAACAAACCACACGGCCACACGGGGGUCAUCGUGUAUGUGGUCUUUCUCUAAGAUGGGAGUCUUUGGUGCAGGUCCGGAAGCGGACGAGCUCUUCCGCAUGGUGGCCUGCACUCAGGGCCGCAGGCUGGACGACCAGAGGGUCGCUCUGCCAUCCUUACCGGGGAUCAGCAGGACGACGGAGGGAAAACGCAACGGGAGUCAUCCAAAAGCUGCAAUUCCGAUGAGUGCACCACAAGUCAGUGUGGCUGAACGCACACCAUCUGGAAGACAAAGACUUAAAGCACCUGCUUCUCAGGCCCAAAUGGCGACGGCACCAUCGGGCUGCAGCCUGCCAAAAUCUGCAUCCUUCAACUGCGAGAGAGAACACCAGAGGUCCCUUGAUUCCGCAGCUCAGGUGACUGUAAAGGUGUCAAUGAGCUUCACACCACAGAUGGGACAUAAGAAUUUCAACCAGCCCUGCACGUUCCCGGAGGUCUUCCUCACUCUUGGCGCUCCGGGAGAAAAUCUCAUGAUCCCUCUGAGCUCAAGGCCCGGGAGACCCGUAACCUUGAACCUGAACCUCAUCCUCAAGGAGGACUGCAAGUCUCCGAGCUGCGCCAGCCCCAGGAAACCCCGCUCCAGGCCGUCGUCGCCCCAGCCCAAAGCGGCCAGGAAGGCGCAUCCGGUUAAUUUUGGCCCUCCAGAACAGGGGGCGUCUGCGCCCAGCCCCAUCAACCCGCAGGAAGACUGCUUUUCUCUGAUCGAGAAGGUUCACACUGCGCACCUGCAAAUGGGAGUGACUCAAGGGGGGCAGAAACAAAAAGGGGACCCAGUUAAAGGGAGGGGAAAUGGAAAAAGGGGUGCGACGAAAGAUAGGAAGGAUGGUGGUAAUAAACACUAGGCGGUAUGUAAUCUGAGGAAAAUAAUUUGUUGGAUCAUAGUAAUUACUUUGUGUUUUAUCCAUCCAUUUUCUAUAGCUCUUCGUUGGGUGAGCAGGAGCCUAUCCCUGCUGACCUUGGGCCUCGUACAUCCUGCACUGGUCGCCAGAUAGUCGCAGGGCACGUAGAGACAAACACCUGUGGACAAUUUCGUUUUUAACGAACCUAACGUGUAUUUCUUUUGUUUGUUUUUUUUGAAUGUGUGAUAAAGCCAUAGGGGCAUGCAAGCUCCACACAGGAGCGCCUGAGAUUCGAACCCAGAACCUCUCAGCUGUGAGGCAGAUGUGAUAACCACUCCUUCGAUGUGCUGCCCACUGUAUUCUACUUACAUCAACUCAUCCUAAUUACAAUCACUUCUUUUCUCGUCAUUUAGUACUAACAAUAUACUUUUAACUGGAAAAAAAAUACCGCACUUUCCACUCCUCUGCAUCAUCAAUUGAUGCAAAAGUUGUUUUUUUUGUAUUAACCUACCAUACGGUUGACAGUCAACUAUAAAUAAACU